CCCCCAAGCCAAUCGUCCUACGCCGGCGAACACCGGACUGUCUUCGCCGUCCUACGCCGCCGGCGGGCUACCCGUAGCAUAUGUGGAGAGGCUCCCCAUACUCGUACGCCCACCUCGAGCGCCUCCUCCAGAGUCACUUCUCGGCUCCUCGCCGCCUCUUCCAGGUCCACGCCCUCCUCCUCACCUCCGGCGCGCUGUCCGCCACCACCGCCGCGUUCCCCUACAACUGCCUAAUCCACGCCCACCUCCGUCUCCCCUCAACUUCCUCUACCCCGCUAUGCGCGCCGCUCCGCCUCUUCUCGGCCAUGCUCGCCGCCGGCGCGCGCCCCAACGGCCACACGUUCCCAUCCCUCCUCAGGUCCGCCUCCGCCUCCGGCCCAGAAACCACGGCUCUGCACGCGCAGUGCCUCCGCCGCGGGCUCACGGCCGAUCGCUUCGUCGCCUGCUCGCUCGUCAGCUCCUACGGCCGAGCCGGCCGUCUGGCGCAUGACGCAUGCAAAGUGUUUGAAGAAAUGGGGAGCCCGGAUCUGGCCUCCGCUAACGCCAUGCUCGACGUGCUGUGCAUCGCCGGGGACCUGCCCUCGGCUAGAGAAUUCUUCGAGCGGAUGGCGGAGAGGGACGUGGUGUCGUGGACGACGCUCGUCUCUGGGUUGUCGAGGAACGGGUGCCACUGGGACGCCGUCGAGGCCUUCAGAGGACUGCUAGCGGACAACAACAACAACAACAACAACAACAACAGGGCCCGUCUCGCUCUCGGGGAGGCCACCCUGGUCAGCGUGCUCUCGGCCUGCGCUAGCUUGGAUGGCGCCGAGGGGCUCGCGGCCGGGAUGUCUAUCCACGCCUACGUUGUUCGACACGGGGUUCACCUCACGGCGUUCUUGGGCACGGCGUUGAUUGACAUGUACGGCAAGUACGGGAAGCUUGGCUGUUGCAAGGCGGCUUUCCAGCUUGUGCGCGAGAAGGAGGUCUGUACGUGGAACGCGCUGCUAUCUGCGUUGGCUAAUCACGGGAAAGAGGCUGAAGCGCUGGUUAGUUUUAACAUGAUGAUAGUCGGAGGGUUCUCGCCGAAUCAGAUCACGUUUCUUGCUCUACUGACAGGCUGUGCCCGAGCGGGGUUGGUGGAGGUUGGGUUAUACUGGUUCGAGGUAAUGGUGGCUGACUACCAGGUGGCUCCGACGAUGGCCCAUUAUGGAUGCGUUGUGGAUCUCCUGGGCCGCGCUGGCCGUUUUGUGGAGGCCGUUAAGACUAUAGAGAGGAUGCCCUUCAUGCCUGAUGCUUCUGUGUGGGGCGCGCUUCUUGGUGCUAGCAAGCUCCAUGGAAACGUAGAGCUCGUUGCUGAGAUUGGGCGCAAACUGGUGGAUCUUGGCCCUCACCAAUCCGAUCGGUAUGUGACUAUUAGGAAUAUUUAUCUAGAAGAUGGGAACUGGCAUGCUGCUACGAGAAUGGGUGAGGUGAUGCAUGAGGCUGGGAUCAAGAAGACAGCAGGGCAAAGUAGUGUUGUCUUCCACAGCACCGCCAUUCCUUGACUACACUUUUUUUGAUGCAAAUAUUGCUCUUCUGGUACUACCAGUUGUUUCUGAUGACUCGCCCCUCUGGAGGAAGAAAAUAAUCCAUAAGAGUAAUCGUGCUCAAGCUCAUAACAAUUAUUUGACGCAGUGAAGAAUCAACUUAUUAUUCAGUGAAUCGGAUGCUUGAAAGCUCAAGUUACUCUGCUCCACCAUUGGUAUAAUCACUCUCAACAAUUUUAGGUACAUGUGGCCAAUGACUAGACGCCAAAUUGAAACUGUAAAUUGUUUGUGUGUCCUACAUGGCACUUGACCUGCCUUAGGCGCACCUAACCUAACCCAUCACAGCUGAAUCUCACCAAGAGAAAUUAAUGGUGGCGUGCCAGGUGGUAUGUAGGAAACGCCAGCAAUUUAGUACCUGUGAUUUGGUGCUGAGUCAUCAACCGCAUGUACCAGGCAUGUUGGCCCAACUUGUAUAGGGGGGAAAUCAUAAAUAUGGCAAAAUGUGACACACUGAUAACCAAGGGAUAAAAUGAGGCAAAACAUUUUAAAUGGAUUAAAACCUGUCACUAAUGUAGAAUUAAUGGGUAAAAGGUUUAACUCACCCUUUUUUAAUUAUGAUUUUGUUCAGACUUCAGAGUUAUGUUGACUGUUCAACGUAGAUUCUUUGUAAUGGCCUGUAUAGUCAGAAACAUGAAUAUUCUAUCAACUAUUGGCUGUAUUUUUCAAUUUCCAUUUACCAUAAAGUUCCGAGAUGAGAUCAAUACUGCUCGUCCAGUGCCAUGCUGGUGCUAAGUAUCUGGUGCAUACCUUUUAUGUUUAGCUUCUCUUCGGCAUCUUAUAUGUUAGUAUAGUUUCAGAAUUGCAUAUCUAGAUUGCACCUUUUUAUAUGACAGUGGUAGAUGUGCCAGAUUUGUGUUGCAUUUGAAAAUACAUUAUAUGUGCUAUAAGCCUGCAGUCUUUCGGAGUCCCAGUUUGUAGGGUUUUGUCUAUUCCUUUUGAGCUCACUUAUCGAAUUCCUUGUUCUGGAUUGCCUUGGUCUUUUGUUGCCAUAUUUUUGUGCCUUGAUUUUCUCAAAUGUGUAGUCCUUUGCCUUCAUCUCCUGCUGUUGCAUAUGUCAUGUCUUGACUUUCUCAAAUGUAUAAUAUUUUAACAAUUUUUGAGCAGUUGCAUGAGCAUCAGUGCAAGUUUAAAACACAUCCAUCAAUGUAAAAAAUAAAAUUGACUGAAGACUUGUUUGAUCCUAGAGUUUAGAAUGCUUCCAAAUUGAAGUCCCUAUUUAAAACCUUGGCAGAUUUUUAAAGUUAUAUGCACUGUAUGCUUAUAAUAUGAGUUUGACUGUCAGACUGUCACACAAUGUGGCUCGCUAGGUCAGUAAUGCCACAUUGUUAUAACCUUCCAAUAUUGGGUGUGGCUGGUGCUUGAAUUGAAAAUGACAAAUCUCAAGGCAAGAUUCUUUUAAGAUUAUGUGUGCCCCUUGGCAAAGUGGUGUUUUGGGCAGUUUAAAGUAACGCAGUUAUUUAAACAGGUUGCAUUUGAGCAUUGGAAGAUUAGUGCUACCGGCACUGUGUUUUAAAAUUAUGGCACUUAUGUACUUCAAAGCAUGACUGCUUGUAUUAUUGUUCUUAUUUUUUCCAACAAGGUAUUUACAUCUCCUCAGCUUUGUAAGGCUAGACUUUGAUAAUACUAUGAUUCACGAUGAACGGAAAAUGGAACUAACAUUUCUGUCACAAGUUAGUCAUUCACCUCUCAACAUUGUGGUUUAUGCAAUGUGGUAUAGUUAAUUGUAGAGAUAAUUAUAUAGAAGUGUGGUUUAAUAUUGUCAUAAUUUCAUAAGACAUAUUUCUACACUACCUGAGGCAUUCAAAAAAAAAUCCAAAUUAUGCAAUAUUCGUAAUCGAGAAAUAAAAAAUAGCCGUGGUAAUAUCCGAAUCCGAACAAUCAUUAAAAUGAAUGUGGUAAAUAUCUAGAUUUUUUAUAAAUACAAAAACA